CAGGUGACAGAGCUUGACCAAUGGGGUGCCACAGCUUUGCACCACGCAGCCAGCAGAGGGCAACGUGCUGUAGCGCGACUUCUCCUGACGAGCCAGGCAGACGUAAAUGCAAUGACAAGCAACUUACACAUGCCCAUCGACUUGGCGCAGGCGAAAGGCCACCUGGACCUUGCCGCAGAGCUACAACAAGAAGCCCUGCGAUGUCAGGAGGUCAGCAACAUUCAUCAGAGGAAGGCAUGCUUGAGAUGGUCCGCAACCUUUGCCACUGCCUCCGUGGUCUUGCUGGCCAGCCUGGCGCUCGUUUCCGUGAGGACCCAGGAAUGGACGGCCGUUCGCACCUGA